AUGGAAGCGGUCCCCAAAUUGCCUAUGCUUUCCUUCGAGCUUAAGAUCAGCCCGGUCUGUCCUGACUUUGCGCAGCCUUUCAAGAGGCUCAUCACCAAAUACUACGGCGAAGAUGGUGACAUGUACGAUCGGGAGAUCAUGCAACUGGAGACGUGUCGUACGAACGCCUGUCGGGCGCCGCGCGACUUCACCGGCUGCUCGCUGCUGAAGCGGUACUACGCCCAGAUCUACAGCCUCUACAAUCGCCUGGUGGUCUUCGAGGGCGCCGUCGGCGUGCAGUGCAUCUGGGCGGACAUCUACACCGGCCAGACGAACAUCGGCGACCUCGACUUUGAGCUAGCCUGCAUCCUCUACAACAUCGGCGCCCUGCACGCCGAGCUGGGCGCCACCGACCAGCGGCAGACGGCGGAGGAGAUGAAGGUCAGCUGCACGCACUUCCAGUGCGCCGCCUGGGCCUUCCAGGAGCUGCUCGAGGACGGCCGCCUCCACCGCAGCGGCGACAUGUCCGCCGACCUGCUCUCCUUUUUCGUCCAGGUCACCCUCGCCCAGGCGCAGGAGUGCAUCCUCGAGAAGUCGAUGCUGGACAGUCGCAAGGCGUCCAUCGUCGCAAAGGUCGCCGCCCAGGUGGUCGCCUUCUACCGCUCGGCGCUGUCGCUGCUGACGCAAGGCGCAAUGAACACCGGCGCCGGCGAGCGGAGCAGCCUCGUCGAGGUGGUCGGCUCGAAGCUCUUCAAGGAGUGGAAGAAGUUUGUCGACUUUAAGCUCGCCUACUACGGCUCACUGGCUCACCUCUACAUGGGCAACCUGGCGGAGGAGGGGCAGAAGAUGGGCGAACGAGUGGCCUGGUACGAGUCGGCGGAUGCUCGACUGAAAGAGGCCGCCAAGCUGGCGAAACAGCUCGACAAUGCCCACCCCGUCGAGGUCACCGAAGCGACCACCUUUGUGGGCGACGUCAUAGCCGCCAAGCUGGGCAAUGCAAAGAAGGAGAACGACUUUAUUUACCACGAGAAGGUCCCGCCGGUGGAAUCGCUUACGGAGAUCACCGGCGCCCCACUGGUCAAGGGCAUUCCCUUCAGCAUCACCGACCCGGAGAUUGCCGGCGUGGACAUCUUUGCCCGUCUGGUGCCGAUUGAGGCGCACGAGACGGCCUCGCUGUACAGCGCCCGCAAGGACGAGAUUCUGCGGUCGAUUCGCGUGGAGAUUGAAAACCGAAACGCCGAUCUGGCCGCCUACCUCUCCAGUCUUCAGCUGGAGCGGGACCGCCUGCGAGCACCCAAAGAGGACGCCAUUCCCGACGAACUGAUUGACAUCUGCGCCGAGCUGAGUCUGACGCCGGGGGCGGUGGCCGAGGUGGAGCGGACGCUGACACGGCUGGACAGCAUUGCCGAGCAGACGGAGCGGGCCAUUGAGGAGGCGAAGGCGGCGCUGGCCGAGGAGGAGGCCAGGGAGGAGGAGGACGGUGGGGGUGGUCGCCUGCCGGCUGGCCACCGCCGUCCACCAUCGCUGAUUCUGGUGGAGCUGCGGAAGGAGCUGGCGAAGCACGAGGAGACGCACCAGAAAGCCGUCGAAUCGAACCGCUCGCUGUGGGAAAACUUUGACCAGCACAAGGACGACAUCACGGUGAUGACCAGCAGCUCGGCGGCGAAGAUCGCCUCCAUUCUCCCCUCGCUGAAGACGCUGCCAGUGGACGAGGCGACCAUUGCCGAGAUGGAGCGUCUCUUUGACAAGGUCGAGGAGAUGCGCUCGCAGCGGGAGUCGCUGGAGGAGCGCCUCCUGAAGGAGAUGGACGCCGCGGAUGGGCAGGUGCUGAAGUUGGUGCUGGCCACGCCCAAAUCGGAGAUUGAGGCGGUUUUUGAGCGGGAGCUGCGCAAGUACGACCAGACGGUGGAGCUGCUGCGGGCGAACAUGGCCGCGCAGGAGAACAUUCUGCGGGCGCUGACGGCGGCCAAUGCGCGCUACGCUGAGACGCGCAAGGCCAUCAUCGAGCCGCCUCAUCUAGUGCCAGCAGCAGCAGCAGUCUCUUCUAGUCUCGCCUAUGCCACCCCUUCAAGCAUUCCGCCAGCAGCAGCUGUCUAUCAGCAGCCACAUCAAGUGCCGCCUACUUCCUCAGGACCUGCGUACGGACAAGUGCCCACUUCUUAUGGAAUGAUGAACAACAAUUUUAGCAGUCCUGCUGCUAAUGUUGCCGUUGGUGGUGGUUGUGGAGUUCUUCAGCAGACCUGGCAGAGUCCUUCACCUCAGCACCAUCUGCCCCCUGCUCCAGCCCAAUCACAAUCCCCGUACAUGCAACAGCCGCCCACAAGUGGAGUGCAUCAUCUUCAGCAACCACAGCAGCAGCAGCAACAACAACAACCUCCCCAUCUUGCCCAGCCCCAAUACGGACUUCAGCCGCAGCCAACACAGCAGCCUUACUACUACGGCAGCGGCAGCAAUAGCAGUGCCUACCCCAGUCAGCCACAACAGCAACCACAAGGAAUGAUGACCAGCAUAGGCAAUCCGACUUCGGUCUAUCAACAGCAGCAACAGCCAUCGGUAGCAGCAAUACCAUCCUCCCUAUCGGCCCAGGUGGCCGGGUUGUCUCUGGGCAGUCAGAACAGCCAUUCCAUGCAGCCGCCUACGUCUCCCUACGUCUCCACCACCUACAAUGGUCUGCCUACGGUGGUCAAUGGAGGCGGCGGCGGUGGUGCUCCGGUGGGGGCGUACAUGCAACAGCAGACACAAUUGCCACAACCACAACAACAGCAGCAGCAAUACAUAACACCACAAGCACAGCCUCAAGCUCAGCUACCACCACCGGCACAGUCGGCGGCUGCCAGUGUAGUGCAGGCACUUGAGAUGGAGUCUAAGAAGGGUUGGCCGGUGAUGAUGCCCACUUCGGUGGCUGGCGCUGAGAACAACAAGACCAACACUUCUUCGACGCUGCCUUCUUCAGCGGUGCCUGCCGCUGCUGUUUCAGGUGUGAGCAAUGGUCACGCUGCAUCAGCAGCAGCAGCAGCAGCAGCAACUUCUUCCGUCCCUUCAGUCAAUGGUGGAGCUUCUUCAGAAGGUGGUGCUGGUAGUGCUUCGAAGGAUAUUGUUGAUGGUGGUGGUGAGCCAAAGGAUUUGCUGUCACAGUUUGACCCGCUCUUUUCAUGA